UAUUUGCAAGCUGGUGCUCGCCGAGGAAUGAUGCCAACGAUGUUAGCACUCAUCGAGCCUGAUAAUGACAGUCCACGAACAGCUGUUUUCCUCCAUACUAUUUUAUCUAUGGGAUUUUGUCUCAUUGGGAAUGUUUACAUACUGGUGAACUAUUUGACCGUCGUCGCAUUGCUAACGACCAUGUUCUCUGUUGCUGCCCUUGUUUACAUAAAAUGGAAGGAUAUCCCAGUGAGUACAAAUGCGGUAAAGUUCCACAUCCUUUGGCCAAUUCUCAACUUCAUAAUCAACGUUGCUUUAUUGGUGAUUCCCGUAAUUGUUGAGCCCGUCAAGUCCGGCAUUGGUCUUGCGCUGUUUCUGCUCGGAGUAGAUACGUUAUUAUAA